CCGCGUGGGGCGUGGGGCCCAGCGCGGCGCGCGCCGUAAAGCGACGCGGGGCGACUCCGCGGGUCGCGGCAACUUCCCAGUCGCGGCGACUCGGGAGGCCCUCCACCACCUCCUGCUGCUGCUGCUCCUCCUGCUGCUCCUGCUGCUGCUGCUCCUCCUGCUCGUCGUCUCGGGAAACAGGAAUCGGAUCGGGCGACUGAUGAUGAUGAUGAUCUGCUCGCUCCGCGUGACUCUGAUGACGAGGAUGAUGCUGAUCUUGUGCUGAUGAUGAUGCUGCUGAUGAUGAUGCUGCUGAUGAAGCCCGGCCAAGCGUUGCGCGCUUGUUGACGUACGCCCUUGAACCGGCUGGCUGCGUCUCCCGACCGACCGCCUUGAUAGCAAACCCCGGUUCAUCCACCGGAGCUCGCUCGGUCUGACCAUGAGCGGAGGUGGAGGUGGUGGAGGAGGUGGCGGUGGUGGAGGAGGAGGUGGUGGAGGAGGAGGUGGCGGUGGGACGUUGCACGGCGCCGGGGUGGACAAGCAGUCACCUUUCUCGGGCGUCGAUCCCGGGGUCAGUCUGCAGGCGCCCAAGAACUUCUCCGUGAGCCACCUCCUGGAUCUGGAGGAGGCGGCGGGGGCUCUGCGCAGGGUCCAGCAGCCCCCGGGGUCGAGGGGGGCCGCGCCCGACGAGGACGAAGUGGGGGGGGGUCGGGGCCUCGCCUGCGCGAGGCAGAUGGAGCUGGGGGGCCUGAGCAGCGGCAGUGACACGGCGCAGCCAGAGGGUGAGGCCCUGGGCUCGGAGCAGGCCAAGAGGCGACGCAAGCAGCGGCGGAACCGCACGACGUUCAACAGCGCGCAGCUCGCGGCGCUGGAGCGCGUGUUCGAGCGCACGCACUACCCGGACGCGUUCGUGCGCGAGGAGCUGGCGCGGCGCGUCAACCUCAGCGAGGCGCGCGUGCAGGUGUGGUUCCAGAACCGCCGCGCCAAGUUCCGGCGGAACGAGCGCGCGCUGCUGGCCACGCGCAGUGCGGGCCGCGUGUUCGCCGCGAGCGGCGAGGCCGCGGUGGAGCAGCCGAUGGCCGCCCGGCCUGCGCCCCUCGCCGCGCCAGACUUCCUUUCCUGGCCUCCCGCCUCGGCCGCAUCCUACGGGGCCAUGUCCGCGUACAGCUCUGGCGGCGCGGGCAGCGGCCCGGGCCCUGGGGUGCACAUGGCGAGCAGCAUCGCGAGCCUGCGCCUCAAGGCCAAGGAGUACAGCCUGCAGCGCAACCAGGUGUCCACCGUCAACUGACAGGUGUCCACCGUCAACUGACAGGUGUCCACCGUCAACUGACAGCGCACCGGGCCACCGGGCCGCCGGGCGGACAACCGGGCUGCUGGGAAAACUGGGGGACAGACAGAUGGACAACCGGGAGGGCACAUGGACAAUUGAGAAGACAGACACAGACAGAUAGAGACAGGCAGCCAAACAAGCAGGUGGACAAUUCACUUGACUGCCACACCAACUAACCAGGCAACCAAGCUACCAAGAACGUCAAGGAUGGACAGGUGGACAACUGGGAAAUCACGUGUCCAAUCAACUAUCAGCGACACUGGGCAACCACGUGUCCAAUCAACUAUCAGCGACACUGGGUAACCAGGGGACAACCAGGGAGACAGGUGGACAACAGGGGAGCUAAACGAGCAGGUGUCUACCAUCAGCUGACUACAACACCAGACAAGCAAGCAACCGGCAACUAGGAAAUCGGGCAGCCAAGCAACCAGGUGACCAGGCGACCAGGCAACAGGUGUCCACUGAGCUACCGAGCAGCCAGGAAACUCUGCAUGUAGUCAACCAUUCAGCCAGCCAACCUCCUAUCCCACCAGUAUUUGCAUCCACCCAUGGGGUGGAGUGGACGGACAGAGGUGAUUCGAUGGAGAAUUAGUGAGUCUCUGUGUAAGUCUGCGGGUCUCCAUGUGAGUCCAUGUGUCUCUGUGUGAGUCUGUGACUGGGGGGAAGAGCGUCCCAUCCCUCACAUCACCCAUUGUCGUUGCCCAACCACGCACACUUUAGUAAUCCGGCCAAGGAAUGGAAUGCGUUUUAGGGGACGUUCGCCGAGGAAACGGAGCGACGAAAUCAGUCCAUGGUCAGGUGCUCAAUAGAUUGUUGCAUCGUGAGGAUGGUGAGAGGCGGUGAUAGCUUGAGCAGGCCUUCAUCUGGCAGAGGACACAACAUGGCCGAUGAUGACAACGACAUAGAAUCCCUCAUGGCAAAGCCAACGUUCCGUCCGGUGCCCGGACACGCAGAGGGACCCUGAGAAAGCUCUGCGCCCCCUCCCCCCGCCAAAGUGUCCCUAAGACGCCCCCUCCCUGAGGUUUCAACAAAGUCCAGGCGAGCUCCACCGAGAAGAGGACCAUGUACAGAUGUUUACUCCGUACUAUUGAUUUCACGCUUGAUGCUGUUGUUUAUUGUUGUUUAUGAUGAAUAUUUUUGUAUGGCUCGACGUUUAAUAAGAAACUCAAAGCUGACCCUCACUUGUGAUGAUGAUAGUGAAGAUGAUCAUGGUACUUGUGAUGAUGAUAGUGCAGAUGAUCAUGGUACUUGUGAUGAUGAUAGUGAAGAUGAUCAUGGUACUUGUGAUGAUGAUAGUGAAGAUGAUCAUGGUACUUGUGAUGAUAGUGAAGAUGAUCAUGGUACUUGUGAUGAUGACCCUGAUUAUACCUGUCAUAGUGUGCGUAAUGAUGAUGUCGGUGAUAAUGAUGAUGUAUGUGAUGUGCAUUUUUAAUUAUGCUAAUGUAUGUGAUCAUGCGGUAAUGAUGGUGUUGUCUUAUAAUAAUGGUGGCGCAUGUGAUGAUGAUGAUGAUGAAAACCGUGAUGAUGCUGCUGAUGUAUCUGAUGAGGAUGUAUGUUGAUGAUGUUCGUGACGAUAUCCGUGAUGGUGAUGUAUGUGAUGUUUCAUAAUGAUGAUGGCAAUAAGCGGGGUGAUGAAGAUGCCCGUGAUGCAGAUUAUCUCGAUGGGUUACAGCCCGUUCUCUCCGUCCGCAGUGUAACGGUGCUGUACACGUGAGGUGAAGCCAAUAAAGUCCCUACAUUACGCCUUA